AAAAAUAUUUUGUCAAAAACAAUUAAACAAACACUGAAAUAGAAAUAUAAAAAAAACUCAAUAAGUUAUUAUCAUGAAAAUACACAUUGAAAUUAAUGUUAUUUAAUUAGAGCUAAAUAGAUAUGUGUAAACUUUGCAGUUUUUUAAACAUAUGAAUUGGAAACAAAGAGGAUGUAUUUCUGUUUCUCACAAGAGAUAUUAGACAGGAAGCAAGUGGGGGUGAACUUCCUUGAUACAAUCAUUCAUGUAGCAGUUUCAUAACGAUUUGUAGCAUCUUUGACAAGAUAUUUUACAAUUAAAUUAAACCGAAAUAUGUGGGGGCAAAAUUUUGUGGUAUUAGUUUUAUUAAGAAGUGUGUACUCUUUAUGGGACGCGGAUGUCGACUGCCACGAAUCGUGUACGUGUAGUUUGGUACAUUUAACAGAAACUUCUGUUUAUGGUUUUAAAAAUCAUUUUAUCGAAAAACAGACUUUAACAGAGUCAGAUUUUCAUCUUAACAACGAGGUAAUAUAUGAUGAUAGUUUUGAAACAAAUUUGGAAAAUUUUCUGUUUAAAUCGGUAACAUGUCUUUUGCAAACUGAAACGAAUGCAGACGAUUUAUUAAAAGGACUUCCAAAAGAUAUCCAAUCUUUACGAUUUAUUCAAGGAUUCGAAUCAGGAAACAAAACAAUAUCCUUCAGCAACUUUUUAAAAUUUGAAGAUUUAAAAAUUGUGGAACUUCAAGGAACAAAUUUAUUUUUAGGACAAAAUAACGAUAGUUUUAUCAGUGUCUUUGACGCAUUUUUACCAUCUUUAGAAUAUUUAAAUUUAGAAAACGUCCAUAUAAAAAACUCCAAACUCCGUUUUCCAUUGGAAGAGCUAAGACCUAAGGAAGAAAGCGUAACGUUUGAAUUUACACAACAGUUAAAUUCUAAACUGCCUCCAUUAACAUUUGUUCAGAAAGGAUCGAAGGAAGAUGAGAUUCUUCCAUACAAGGAAUAUAAACAUGAAGAAAUAGAAUCACCGUUAUUUAUAGGAUUUACAAAUUUACAGUUAUUAAGGGUAAGCAAUUGCAAAUUAAAUAUUUUAAAAUGGGAAAUGUUUGAAGGAUUACAUAAGUUGCAACAUUUAAUUCUUGAGAAAAACCGUAUUAUGUUUCUACCUGAUUUUGUAUUUUAUGGAAUUCCAAAUCUAAAGAGCUUAUCAUUAGCUUGGAAUAAUUUAUUAAAUAUACAAGUAACGGAUUUGGCAGGACUAUUAGAGUUAGAAUAUUUAGAUGUGUCUCAUAAUAAUUUUUCCCAAUUGUCUGAGUUAUCACUUCCACCUUUUCCAAAGUUAAAACUCGCUGAUUUUAAAGAUAAUCCUAUAACAGCAGUUUUUCCAAGUACUUUUGAAGUUUUAAACACAACAGACUCUCUAAUACUAGGAAGUACAGACACACCAAUGAAAUUGUUACCUAAUUCAUUUUCUGGACUAAAAUUACUACAGAAACUUACAUUGGAAAAUGUUCUAAUUACUUUACUCCAGAGAGAACUUCUCUUUGGAAUGCCAAAUUUGAAAGAAUUAGGCAUUUCUGGUAACAUUACAAAGAUAGAAUAUGAUGCAUUUAUGGAAACAAAUAUUCUUCAAAGACUAAUUCUUAGUAGAUGUAAAUUACAGGAACUUUCUAUGGAUUCAUUCAUGGGACUAUCAAAAUUGCGAAUUUUAGAUUUAUCUAGAAAUAACCUACAGUUUCUACCACCUAACGUAUUUGACCCUUUAAUAAGCUUAAAAGAAUUAUACCUGAAUGAAAAUAGUUUUUCUAUUUUGCCAAGAGGAAUAUUCUCAAAAAUACAUCCAAAAUUAAUUCGCUUAACAGAAAAUCCAUGGCACUGCAGUUGUCAUAUGGAUGAUUGGAAGCCUAUGGUUAUUAAUAAGGUAAAGCAAAAACAUUUAAAAAUCUGCGAUUUUAAUCACGACAAAGGGGUUGCUUGCCCCUAUGAAGACAGACAUGUGACUAAGUAUUUGUUUGAUACAAAGGUAGCACCAAAGUGUACGACACCUUUAAAAUUUAAAGACUGGAGUGUUUUUCAUGUCAUGAGAAAGCAACUGGCUUGUCCUGAGUUUAGACCAAAAUUAAAAAAGAAAAUGCAUACUGAAACAGUAUUAAACAAUACUGCAAUGGAUCAAGAUGAACUUGAAUAUCUAAAAAAGAAAAAUCGUUUACACAAUAGCAGUUCAGAUAUUGCCAGUUACAAUGACUACACUACUAAUACAAAUCAAAAUUUAAACUAUAACGAUAUACCCCCGAAAGUCUCUUUAUUUCCUGUUGAUGAAAUAGCAAACAACGAAAAUAAUGAAAUAAAUGAUUUAAAUUUAUUAAAGAAAGACUAUGGGCUUCUUUUGCCUAGUUCAGUAGAUAAUAAUUUCAAAAAAAUGUCUGAUAACCGGAAAAUGUGGAGGAAAUUAAAACAUGAAUCACAUAGAAGAAAAUACAGAGCAUUAAGAAAGAUAAGUACUAAAGUAUAAAAGAAGUUUAUCUGCCAAAUUCGUUGUGUAGAUAAUAAAACGACAUUAAGUAAUAGAAUAAAUUUACUAUUACAAAAUUUAGUUUUGGUUUUAAUCAAAAAUGUAAUAUAAUUUAAGUUAAUUUAUAAGUCUUAGUAUUUAUAUUUCUGAUGUUACUUCUUGUAUACUAUUCCUUACUUCCUACAUAUUUA